CUCAUUGUGUUGGAGCAUACUAUAUGUUCGAGCAUCUUGCAGAGAAUGCAAGUUAAGGAUACUUAGCAGUAGCUUGACGGUAUCGAAAAGUCAGCCUUCUUGAAAAGUGGACAUAUGUCUGCUGUUUUCCAUUCAUCAGAAUCAUGGCCAGUAAUUGGAGUCUUUGUGGUGUUUGUGAUAAUCGUCAAUUAACCAAAUCAUCAUUAGUCUGGUGUUCUGAAUGUGAUGAAGGGCUAUGUGAAGAUUGUAAGGAACAUCACAGUAUUUCCAAGGGAACAAAAGACCACGAAACCGUUUCCAUUGCCGAAUACAAGAAGUUACCGACCGAAGUUUUGCAAACUGCCACGGUGUGCAAAAUACAUAAUGAGAAGUACGAGCUUUUCUGUAGCAGACACGAUUAUCCAUGCUGUAAGAAAUGUUUGAAAUCUCACAACGAUUGCAAAGGUUUAACCGCCAUUAAAGAACUUAUAAAAAACGUCAAAACUUCAAAUGCCAUUUAUGAAGUCGAACAAACCCUGCUUGAAAUUGUCGAGAAUAUUAAACGAAUCAGUACUAACCGAAAAGAAAAUCUAACAUCGCUAGAGAAUAAGAAAAGUGAAAUUGAAGCAGAAAUCAAACAAACCAGGAUCACGGUAAAUAGACAUCUUGAUAAACUUCAGGAUGAUUUGAUGAAUGAAUUAAUGGCAGUUGAACAAAAAGAAAGAAGUAAAAUACAAAAGUUGUUGACUUCUCUCAGGACGAAGGAAAAGGAGAUCACAGAAUACAUAGCAAUUGUUGCUAAUAUAAAGCAAUAUGCGUCCAAACUUCAAACAUAUUUGGUGAUGAAACGUAUCGAACAAGAUAUUCCAGCCGAAGAAAAAAUUAUUCAAUCGCUAGCCAAAAGUGACUCCACGAAUCAAAUCAAUAUUUCGUUCCAAAUAAACAAGUCUUUACAGCAAAUUACAACCACCGUGCAGAAGUUUGGAGAUAUCAAUGUCAGUUCUGACCAAAGCGAUUUGUCCAUACAGAAAUGGAAGGACAAACAAGCCCAGAUUAUAGCUCUUCCGAACAGAAAAAUCGAUAACCUCACUCUGACAUUACAAAAACGCAUCAAUACGGAGCUGUCAAACGUCCGUGGUUGUUCUCUGCUACCUGAUGGUAGGAUGGUAUUCUCCUGUGAUGACCAACACAAAGUAAUAGUACUCAAAUCGGACGGAUCAAAAGAUUUCGAAAAAAACAAAAUAGGUAACACGUUUGAUGUUGCAUUUAUUGGUGAUGAUGCUAUUGCUGUUACAUCUGGUGGCUCAGAUAAGAUAAAUAUAAUUGACCUAAAGAAGAAAAAAUUGAGAAAAACAAUAAAAGUUCAUUCUAAGAAUGAUGGAUUAGUAUACAAAGAUGGACAUUUGAUAUAUUGUGCCAGGAAGAAAGGACUACAGAUGAUUAGUUUAAGUGAUGAAUCCAUUACCAAUGUUACUAAUAACAAAAUAUCAAACUUUGCGUACGUUACAACAUUCGGCGACAAACUGCUCUACACAAACAUUGACAAUGACAGUGUGACCUGUUGUGAUUACCAUGGUAACAUACUGUGGACUUUCUGUAAUACAAGUGUUCUGACUGCUCCAUUUGGUAUCUCUGUAGACAAUGAUGGUAACGUGUUUGUAAUGGGAUACCAUUCUCACAAUCUGGUCGUCAUAUCCCCGGAUGGACAACGCUAUAGACAAAUUUUAUCACGUGAAGAUGGACUUCGAUUCCCACAGGUUCUACAAUAUGACAAAUCUACCAAUACAUUGUUAGUUGCUAAUGAAAAUAAUGGCGCGUGGUUGUAUGAAGUUAAAUGAUAAGUAUUUCCGGUAAUCGGUUUUCAAAUAAAGUAUUUGGUGUAAUCUGAUUUUGUUCAAAGUGAUUUUUAUAUGUUAAUUGGGACCAUUAUAUGAUUAUAUUUCUUUCUAGUGCAAAUAUUCAAUCCUAGGUUUCUUUGAUGGACAAUAUCUAAUGGCGUUUGAGUGAAAUGAAAUAAAAAAAGGAAGAUUACUUUGAA